AUGGCGACGGCGAAGGGGACCAAUAUUACUACAACAGCUCCUAGACCCCACCCACGGCGAGAUAUCCGAGUCGCCCAUACCGUGAUCCUCACCCUCCUUGUCAUCCCCGGCCUGCUUACAGCAGGGGGAAUGGCAAGUGCUCGUUGUGGAGCCGAUUUUCUAUUCCCGACAAAAGAGACCGAAUUCUACGAACUAGACUCCAUCGUCGUCACGUACCGAUCAAGCUUCUCCAACCCAUCGCUGUCCUGUCUGUGUGGUGCGCCGGGGCGGGCAACCCAGAAAUUCAGAACCGACAAUGCUGUCCCGUACAACGGGAGCGCCCUCGUUUUGCUGAAUUUCUCGUCUUCCGACCCUUGCUGGUUCCAUCUCUCCCUAAAUACCGGCGCCUGUGGGGAUAUUAGCAAACCUUUCAUCGUAUUGCCGACCCAGCGGCGCGACGCUCAGACGAUUAUCGGAGUGCUUACCCCCAGAGCUGACGUCCCGAAAGCGGCUUCGACGGCCAGCCCGUCGCCUUUACCCCAAAGCAUCGUAGCCGCCUCCUCAGGAAACCCGACGGUUGUCGCAGUGGCUUCUCAAGAUCCUAAGGGCGGGGGAGACAACCUCAGCCCCGGCGCAAAAGCCGCCAUAGGGAUCGGCAUCGCGCUCGGUUCUAUCGCCUUGGGUGUCAUGGCCGCUUUCUUGUACUUUAGGCGUCGGAAGAGGGGACAGGAUACUUCCCUGACCGAAGCCAUCAUCGACCAUGGCCGCCGGAAAGGACCUGAGAAGCCUGUGACACGGACACGGAAUGGCGGUGCAUCAUUAGGUUCCGGACGCUCGGACGAAGCACUCUAUCCCAUCCAGCCUGUCUUUGACGGCUUUCCUGGAUCGAUGGGAUACGACGAUGUGCGGUCGCUGCACUCCAACGCAAACAGUCAUUCUCCCACCGGACAGCACUCGCCGGCGUCAUCAAAUAACGGCGGGUUCUGGGCCUCGGAACGGCCCGACAACUCGUACCGAUAUGAUCGGAGCACAGAGAGAGAAGAACUCUCGGCUGCUCGACUAAACUCACAACCCAUUAUUUCCGUGGUCACUUCGUAUGGACCCAAUCCCGUCACGCCAACCCUGACGCCUCGAGUUACCCUACGGCCCGAGAUGAACAAGCGCGCAGUGUCGGUUUCUAUCGACAGCCUGGAACGAGUUCCUCCCUUGGCCGCCCUCCCGAGCGCAGCCGACUACUCUAACUAUCGUAUUCCUCCCCCGGCUCCUUCCCCGGUCCCUCUCCACAUUUCCGAGCCAUCUCCGUCGCCUCCCAGAAAGCAUUCUGCUCCCGUAAUAAUAUCUUACGGCCCGAACCGCGUAACUCCCACGCCCGCCGUAACUUCACCAACAGUGCCGCCUGACGAAGGCAUAUAUAACCGCAGGAUCGUCGAGCAGGGCCCUCAUCCCAUCACCUCUCAUGAACGACAGUUUUCGUGGGAGGCCGAGGCGGACGAGCUCAUGAUGAACGCAACGAUGGUGCCAUUACCACCAUAUGCGUCGAGCAAGGACUUUGACGCCAUGGAGAAGGGUGCCAUUCGGAAGCUUGCAGAACCGCAAGCCGAAGCUGAGCUACCGCCUACCAAAGACGGGUUCUACCACGACGGGUCCGAAAUCGUCGAGUACGAACUCCCGGGUGCAGCUCCGCAGCACGAGCCGCAACUGCCAUUCCGUCCGUACAGAACCGCAGGCCCCUCUGGUGGUAGCUAUGGUAGCGGCUAUAGCGGUGGCGGUGGUGGGAGAAGGGAGAUCGACGAGCAAAAGUUUCUUCUAUCAGAUAUUGAAAUAUCGAGGAUGCGCGCCCAAAAGAUGAAGGUGCGCGCUGCGGCGGCGGCUCAAGAAUCUUACGACCUAGGCGAGAGGAUGCCCAGGUGA